AUGUUCACGAGGAAGGGAAGAGCUGUACGGCGUCUUGGACGCAGCCGGUCGCAACGCCUAGAAUUGCGGGAGAUGAAACUGUGGUGGGGACUGGAUCUGGUUGCACUAACAUUUCCGGAAACCUUUGUUAGCAUGAGCAAGGACUCUACGAACCUCAGUCGAGUCUAUCUUGGAUCAGCUAUUGGAGAGCGCAGUAGGAAUUCGUUUUUGACUGAUCCGACGUUCCACGAGAGUAUGGUUACCGACCAUGCAUUCCUUGGCAGGUACACAGCACACGCUCCGAACGUCUCACUCUCAUACUGGUCACCGUCAUCGUUCUCGUCGUGGGUGAUUCGUUCGUUGUCAAAAGGCUACAGAUGGUUGUUCGUCUCCGUCGGCAUACUUUCGCUGUUCUGCUUUUUGGCCACUUUUGGCGCCAACGCCUACCAGUCAAAACCACUGGUUGGUGUGCAAAUCGCGUUCACGUUGGUGGUAUCGUGUGUUGGUGGCCUGUUUGUUCAAGUGGCUGGUUCGGCCCAUUUCGAUCCUCUAAUCUGGCCGGUAUUCUUCAAUAUCGUA